AUCGUUUUGUAAAACCCUCCUCUUCGGCAAACUCUUCACCAUUUUCGUUUUACAAUCAGAUUCUCAAUCCAGAAUGUCGAACGAGGGCAAAGCAGAAGAUAUCAGUCCUUUACAAAGUGGCGAUGGGCAGCAAGAAAGAAGCCAGGUGGCGGCUGCCCAUUGGGGAGGUCCAAUAGGAGAGCAGUAUAGGAAAAUGAAAGAGCAUGCAGAAACUUACCCUUACGUUUGGGGUUCAUAUAUACUUGUGUACGGUGGAUUUGGCCUUUGGUUGACCUACAGAUGGAGAAAGCUCCGUAAAACUGAAGACAGAGUUCGAGGUCUACAAGAGAGACUACGUAAACUCGUCGAGGCUGAGAAAUCGACUAGCUCUGCUACAGUUACAGAGCAGUCACCAAACUCUGCGUCACUGACAGACAAGCUGCCUUCUUCGUCUGCUGAUAAAGCCACGAAAUAGUUAACGGUUAUAUACUAAUGCUAAAGUUUAUUACGUCACUUCGGGAGAUUUUGUUUUGCAGAGGCUGUUUGCUCGAAUGUUUUUUUGUAGUUGGCAGAAGCUUUAAGUUUAAUGAAAAUGAAUUGUGUUAUCUCACGGUCGAAAUAUUUCGACUUCGUUUUUUUUUCUGCUCUAAUUGUCUUUCGUACGGUACACGUUGAAGACUAGCUUACGCAAUUAGGGUUUAUUGUUAACAAGAGUAUUUUGUAGAUGAUUUGUUUUCAUAUAGUAAAUACUGUUGCUGAGGAGUUCAUUUCUAAUAUUUUUUA